AUGACGACCACUUCAACGACGAUAACGACGGCACCACCGCCAGCGACGAUCUCCGUCGCCGCCGCCGCGGGGGCCCAGCUGGCCCCUCCCCCCUCCCCCGCCACCCUCGACAUCGCAUCGUACCCGCACCUGCUCGACGCGAUAAUCCAGUGCUCGCCGCGCUCGUCGCUGCUCACCCUCCGGCUCACAUGCCACACGGUCCGCUCGCUCGUCGACAUGCACCUGGGCGCGCACGUGCAGAUCCGCGACGCGGAAGACGUCGGCACGCACACGUACGUCGCCGACCUGGUGCGCUCGCCCGGCGGGCGGAUGCCGGCCCUCCGCCCGCGCGACAGCUACGGCUGGCUGCGGCCCGACUUUGGCCUCAGCCCCGACCUGCGGCGCCACCGCGCCCGCUGCCUGGCGCUCCUGGGCCGCGCGCGCACCCUCGACAUCGAGCACGUCAAGGGAGGCAUGAGCCACCUCUUCCGUGUCCAGCUCGCGUCGGCCUUCUCGGGCCUCGAGUGCGUGCGCUACACGCCCAACUCUUGGGGUCGGUACGACGACGGGUGCGACUCGGCGACGCGGUUGUCGGCCCGCACGGCCGUGCUGUUCACCAACCCGUUUGCGCGCGACCGGGGGCUGCAUGAGAGCUGUCUGCCCGUGCCGCCGUCGGCGGACGGGCUGCUCGUCACACCAGUGCUGCCGCUCGGCGUUCGCAAGCUUGUGGUGCAUGUGCUGCACCACACCGACCAGCUCUCCCUCGGUGUCGCGACGCUGCGGCCUAGCCUCGACAGCGUGGACGACCUCGUGCUCGUGUUCAACGAGUCCACGGCCGAGUCGCCAGCAUGCACCGCCAAGAUCGCAGAUCUGGCCCAGCGCAAGGGCGCGGUCCGGCGCGAGCUUCUGGCUGGCAUGCUCGAGAGCGCGCUGGAAAGCCACACUCGCGUCACGCUGGUCAACUUCGAUUCGACGCCGCGCGUGUGGCUCGGCGCCGGUGACGACGGCGACAUGGCGGCGGGCCUCGUCGCUGCUGUCGAGGAGGCGCUCGAGGCACGCUUCAACGCCGGCGGCAUGAUGGAUCGGUACGAAGCGCGCGCUGCUGCCGUUGAGCACGCGCACCGGAUGGAGUUUAUCAGUGGGCCAGAUUACGCCGCGACGCUGGGCGCCCGGCAGCGGGACCAGGAGGGCUGGCUCGAGACGGCGACGGAGCGGCGUUUUCUCUUGGCAUAG